AUGUCUCCUCCAGCCAUCAUAGCUCCCUCUAUCCUGAGCGCGGAUUUCGCGGUCCUGGGCAAUGAGUGCUCAACGAAGAUCGCCCAGGGGGCCGAUUGGUUGCACGUUGAUAUCAUGGACGGCCACUUCGUCCCCAACAUGACCUUUGGCGCCCCCGUUGUCACCAAGAUCCGGUCUCAUGUGGACCGGCCAACCCAAGCCCUUGGAAAGGGUACCUUUGACUGCCACAUGAUGAUCAUGGAGCCCCAUAAAUGGGUCAAGGAGUUCAAAUCCGCCGGUUGCGAUCUAUACUGCUUCCACUACGAAGCCGCCGUCUCCUCCGUCGCCGCCACUACCCCAGAAGACAAAGAGACGACCCGUCCGACAAGCCCGAAGGAGCUCAUCCGCUAUAUCCACGACGAGGGCAUGCAGGCGGGCAUUGCCAUCAAGCCCGAUACCCCCGUCGAUGUCCUGUGGGAUAUCCUGGAAAACAAGGAUGAGAAAGAACGGCCCGAUAUGGUUCUCGUCAUGACAGUACACCCCGGUUUUGGAGGUCAGAAGUUCAUGGCCUCCGAGCUUCCCAAAGUGAAGGCUCUCCGUGAGCGAUACCCGGAUCUGAACAUUGAGGUCGAUGGUGGCUUGGGAUUGGGAACAAUUGACCAGGCUGCGGAUGCUGGGGCUAACGUUAUCGUCGCUGGUUCGGCGGUAUUUGGCGCUCAGGACCCUGCCGACGUCAUUGCGAAGCUGCGCGAGGCUGUUAACAAGCGCCGCCAGACAUAA